AUGCCGUUCCCUUGGCUGACCGUCUCGGCCGUAUCUCUUACUGCAUCUUACUUUAUUGCAACUCGUCAACCCGCGUUGAAUACAUCGCAAUUCUUCGGCACCUUCGCUGCAACAUGGCUCUUGCAGUCUUUCUUUGUGGGUGUCUGGAAUAUAUUUCUGUACCCCAAUUUCUUUUCCCCGCUACGUCACCUUCCAGAGCCAAAGGGAGGCUCCUGGAUAAAUGGUCAGUUUAAAGCAAUAAGAGAGAGGCCUACCGGUAUACCCAUGAGAGAAUGGGUCACCACCAUCCCCAAUGACGGCCUCAUCCGAUAUCGCUUCCUAUUCAACGCGGAGCGUCUCCUCGUAACGGGGCCAAAAGCCUUAGCAGAUCUCUUGGUGAAUCACAGUUACGAUUUCGCGAAGCCUUCCAACGUGCGAUUUGGUCUCAGCCGUAUCCUGGGAGUAGGCAUACUCCUCGCCGAGGGCGAAGAGCACAAAUUCCAACGCAGGAACCUGCUGCCGGCCUUCGCAUUCCGGCACGUCAAAGAACUGUAUCCGGUCUUCUGGCAGAAGGGCCGCGAGUGCGUCCAGGCUAUCACGGACAGCAUCAUCGCCGACGCGCAGGGCGAGACCGCCGCCGUGCAGGACCCCGAGAAGGCUACGAAGACGGGCGUCAUCGACGUCAGCGUUUGGGGAUCCCGUGUGACCCUGGACAUCAUCGGCACGGCCGGUCUCGGGAGAAAUUUCGGCGCGAUCCAGAACCCGGAAAACGAACUCAACCAGACGUACCGAAGCGUGUUCAAGGUGUCCAAGCAGGGCCAGAUCCUCUCCCUCCUCGCGCUGUUCGUCCCGGAUAAGAUCCUGUCGUGGCUCCCCAUCGAGCGGAACGCCAGCGUAUACGCGGCAGCGAGCAAGAUCCGGAGCGUAUGUCUGGACUUGAUCUGGGAGAAGAAGGAGAAGCUAGCGCGGAACGAGCUCAAGGAGCGCGACAUCCUCUCCGUCGCGCUGGAGUCGGGCGGGUUCACGGAGGAGAACCUCGUCGACCAGCUGAUGACGUUCCUCGCGGCGGGCCACGAGACGACGGCCACGGCGAUGACGUGGGGGGUGUACCUGCUGGCGAAGAACCCGGAGAUCCAGAAGCGGCUGCGCGCCGAGGUCCGCGAGCGGCUGCCGCCGAUCGCCUCGGAGCGGGAGGUGACGAGCCUGGACAUCGACCGCAUGCCGUACCUGAACGCGGUGUGCAGCGAGAUCCUGCGGUACUACUCGCCGGUGCCGUUCACGGUGCGUCAGGCCGUCCGGGACACGGUGCUCGCGGGCCAGCGGGUGCCCAAGGGGACCAUGAUCGCGAUAUCGCCGUGGGCGACAAACUUCGACCCGAGCAUGUGGGGGCCGGACGCGCACGAGUUCAACCCGGAGCGGUGGAUGCCGAAGGGGCCGGACGACAAGCGGGCGGCGAGCGGGGGCGCGACGAGCAACUACGCGUUCAUGACGUUCCUGCACGGGCCGCGCAGCUGCAUCGGGCUGUCCUUCGCCAAGGCCGAGUUCGCAUGCCUGCUGGCGUCGUGGGUCGGCCGCUUCGAGUUCGCGCUGAAGAACAAGGAGGAGGAGGACGAGCGGAAUAUAGAGAUCCGGGGCGGCAUCACCGCUCGGCCGGUGAAGGGCAUGCAGGUCUACGCUACGAUCGUGGAUGGUUGGUGA